AUGGAGUUAAACCAAUAUCGUACGUCCACUAUAAACGAUGCCAUUAUUUUUACAGCAAGAGCUACUCAGUCCCAAGAGCCUUGUCGUGCAAAUACGAUGAUUAUGUUUACAGCAUACCUUCAUCAAUCAAACAGCUGUGUUAUUCUUCAUAUUCCCUUAGAGAUGUUCAUGGACUCUAUCCUGACAUUUAUCGAUAGAACAGAACAAGAUAAAUACGAAGAAAACGGCAACAGAUGCCUAAGAAUUGCUGCCCAAGGAAGCGUGUUACCUAUGCGAACCUUCAAUGUUCUUGAGGAUCCGUCUGUCAGUCCUCGUUAUACUGUUAUCUGUGAUUCAUUCACGAUACACGAAAUCAUUGAUCCUGUUCCAGCUGAAAUUGCUUUGUUAGACAAUGUUGCUCCUCCUUUGGAGUACCGAGUUGGAGACCGUACUCUAAGAACAAGGCAGAUGGCUGAAGAUGCUCAAGAGAGGAUUAUGACAGACACUUGGCAAGAAGAAUCUGAUGAAGAAGCAAAAGGCUAUGUAGAAGGUCAAGAGGAAGAUUUCUCUAUACUAGCUCCAAUGGAGAGGACGUCCAGUAGCCUUGGAAAACGUACUGAAUGCGAGGAUGAGGAUAACUAUGAAAAUAAUCCUGAUUAUGAAGGUCUCCAAGUUUCUCAAUAUAGCUUAUCUGGUCAUGAUUUUCUUAGUAGCCAAGAAUCGAUUCCCUCAAGAUCUAUUUCAUCGCGUUUUAGAGAUUUGGUAUUGGCUUCGCAAUAUAGUCAGCAGUCUAUUCAAAGUAUCCGUAGUUUUAUGCUGGGCCAACAAAGAACAGGAGUGAAUCCGACUGCACCGCCUAGUGUUAGCAGAGCUCGGGGAAAGAGACGCAGUAGCCAAAGUGUAAGACAAAGACAUUCAUAA